AUACACACAUUUAUCAAGUAUCACCCCCACCACCAUCAUCACUUUCUCACCACCUUUAGAGAGAGAGAGAGCUUCCAGUGGCAAAACCGUAAAUACAAGGAUGUCGAAAGACUGCGGAAACCAUGGCCUAGACAAUGAAGCCAAGCUCCGGCGAAUCUGCGGCGGCAUCGUCUUCCUCGUAGUGAUAUUGGGUUUCACCGUUCUUCUGGUUUGGGCAAUCCUUCGUCCCACCAAACCAAGAUUCAUCCUCCAAGACGUCACUGUUUUCGCUUUCAACGUCUCUUCGCCGAAUCUUCUCACCACCAACUUCCAAAUCACAGCUGCAGCUCGGAACCCUAAUUCCAAGAUCGGAAUCUACUACGAUCGCCUUCAUGUCUACGCCACUUACCGGAACCAGCAGAUCACUCUCCGGACAGCUAUUCCUCCGACGUAUCAGGGACACAAGGAAGACGACGUAUGGUCCCCGUUCGUGUACGGAACCUCGGUCCCCAUCGCUCCGUACAACGCCGUAGCUCUCUCCGACGAACAGAGCCGAGGGUUCGUCAUGUUGACCGUACGCGCCGACGGGCGCGUGAGAUGGAAGGUCGGAACUUUUAUCACAGGGAGGUACCAUAUCCAUGUACGUUGCCCUGCUUACAUCAAUCUAUGGAACAAAGCGGCGGGAACUGCUGUCGGUGAUAACGCCGUUAAGUACACGUUGGUUACUAAGUGCAGUGUCAACGUUUGAUGAUUGGGCUGACCGCGACGGAGACAUUGACAGCGUUAAGACGGCGUUGCUUUCCGUUUGCGUAAUGGGUUUCUCUUCUUUUGUUUCCAUAUGCAAAAAGUUGGAUCCUUGAUUAUUAUUUUUAAUUUCUGGUUAAUUAUAUAGUUGCUAUGAUACCGUUAUUAUGAUUAUGUGGUUUGGUUUUUUUUACUUGUAAAUGCCAAUUAUAGUGAAAAUAAAAUGGCAGAUUAAUUGUUUAUACA